AUUCAACUCAAAAUGGACAAUCAGACUCUAGACAAAACCACCCUCACCACCAUCUCCCUCCUGGAGGCCCGCCUACUACGGAUUGAGCAGCUCCUCUAUGGCACGACAUCAGCACUCCCCUCACACACGCCCUCCGAAUCAGCCCUCAGCUCCCUAGGCGAUCUUGAGCGGCGCUUCUCAACCCUCAUCUCGCGCUUCCGUGUCUACGCUGACAUACUCAAGCUCUACCGCGCCCACCCAACCUUCUUCUCCCCACCGCCCGACCCCUCGCAACCCCCCUCCGAGCUCGAUGCCCCUGCCCUACGCGCCACCGUCCUCUCCUUCGCCUCCUCUUUCCCCGGCACCGUCUCUGCCCUCACAGCUGUCACCUCCGAUACCCCCGUCCCAGACCCGGCCCUCUCCGCCGAGCUCGUCGCCCUGCUGCCCAGGAUGAAGGCCGUCGAGGCCACGCAGCUGGCCCAGGAGGCCGAAAUUGCCGAGCUGAGGGCGCGGAGCGAAGGCGUGGUGGGCGCGUGGUAUGAGCAGAGGGUCGUGGGGUAUGGGGGCUUUGUGGCGGAUGUUGAGGGACGGGUGGAGAAGGUGGAGCGGCGCGUGAGGAGAGUCGAGGCUGCGAAGGAGAGGGAUGA